UUGAUAUCUGAUUUGUUCGUUGGAAAGUUGUCUUUUCUGGAUGUUAUGCCAUUACCCACAAAUGCGAUCGCAUGGAAAGUGAUCACUUUUAUUGUAUUACUUCAAAUCACUUUCUCACUCAUCUUACCUUAUGAUAACGUUAUUGCGCUGAACAGCGCCGGUGAACGAGAGUGGCGUCGAAUCAACAGCUUUUGGUCGUGUUUAUUGAUAAAUUUAUUUUAUUUGAUGGGUAUCACAAUGGGUUUUUACAAAGGAUCAGUGAUUUAUACGAAUUGGACUGAAAUUCUUGCGUUAUGCAAUUUAUUAUCGAUCGCGAUCGCCGUAUUGCUCUAUUUGAAAUAUCAACUUACCGAAUCGUUUUCCUCUGAACCAAUAACUGCUCUGUUCUGUGGAUGUGAGCUGUCGCCGAUGCUAUUCGAUAUGGACAUGAAGCAUUUUAUUACUUUCCGAAUCGCGUUAACACUUUAUCCACUGUAUAUCAUCUCAUCAUUGUAUCACUCGUAUUCCGUUCACGAGAAACUCAGUGAUAACCUAAUCGCAUGUUCAGUGCUACAACUUACAUAUAUUGCUAAAACACACUGGCUCGAGCAUUUACAUUUCAGUCAGUUGGAUGCACAACUGAACAAAACUGGAUUCUACCGUAUUUGGGGUGUUCUCGUUUUCUUACCAGUUCUUUACUUAACCCCAGUGACGGUGUUGGCUAAUCAUAAGAACGCAUCGUUAUCGACGAUCCCUCUACCAAUUUGUUUGUUGCUGUUUAUUGUUGGUUUAUGUGCCAUCUAUAUAACGGCAAGUAUCGACACACAACGAUUUUCGUUUCGAUACGCGAAUGGUCACGUAAAAGUUUGGGGUAAAGAUCCAUUCUUUAUCACUGCCAAAUAUAAACGUGAUAACGGUGAAGUGACCACUAAUCUUUUACUUGGAAGUGGAUGGUGGGGUUUGAGUCGUCAUUUGAAUUAUGCGUUUGAAUGGUUAACGUUUGCGUUAUGGACAAUAUUAUGCGGAUCCACGACAUUCCUUCAUUAUGUACCUCUUAUUUAUCUCGCUGCAUUCUUGUGGAUGAGGAUGAUUCAGGAUGAGACAAGAUGUUUGGCUAAAUACGGACAUGGCUGGCUUCAGUACACGAAUCGAGUGCCGUUCUUAAUUAUUCCAUCAAUGUAUUGA